UUUUCCCCUAGCAGCUUCCGACUGCCGAGGCGUGCUGGCUUAUAUACGCUGUGCAGAAACUAUUCAAUACGCUCAAGCUCAGUGGUCGUGAAACGGUCCUCUUGUCGAUUCCUGCCUUAUCGCCAAUAUGGUUAAACAGGUUCAUUCAGUGGAUGAAUUCAAGGGCCUCUUGGGUGACAAAAGACUUGUAGUGGUAGACUUUUAUGCCACAUGGUGUGGUCCAUGCAAGAUGAUUGCACCUAAACUGGAGGAGUGGUCACAGAAUGAACCAAGUGUGUUGUUUGUCAAGGUCGAUGUUGAUGAAGUUGAGGAGCUUGCAGCAGAGUAUGGUGUCUCAGCUAUGCCUACACUCAUGUUUUUCAAGAAUGGCAUUAAGGUAGAAGAAAUUGUUGGGGCCAACUUAGACAAAAUAUGUGAAGCUAUCCAGAAAAAUAAAUAAAUAACAUGCUAAUGCUUAUAUUGUGAGCUUCAAGACUUCGGGUCCACAUUUUUUUAUCAAGCAGCAGCUGGUUGUGGAUGCAAAAAAAUAAAGCAAGGAUUUGUGACACAUCAUGUCUCCUGUGAAUUUUAUCUUUGUGUAUUUAUUAUUUUGUACUUUAUGUGACAAGAGUCAGUAUUGAAAUACUUUCCUCAAUUGGAACAUCUUAGUUGUAAUUAAUAGAUUUCAACCCUAUUUCUGGUAAAGAUCUUGGCUCCUGAAAGUUUGAAUUGUUAAUUACAAGACCUUGAAAAUUUCAGACUGUGAUCAUGGUAGCUAAAAUUGAUGUUCUUUCUUUGUGUCAGAGUAAAAAUCUGUUAUCAUU